UUGAACAACAACCAUGUCUCCUCCUCAUCUAAUAUCCAUCUCCUUCUUGUUACUCAUUCAUCUGACAUCCACGCAGGCUUCAUCAUCUGCUCAGAUGGCGAAGCCCGGCUGUCAGACAAAAUGCGGAAACCUAUCCAUACCUUAUCCGUUCGGGAUCGGAAAAGGCUGCUACCUCGACCACGAGUUCGAGGUCACAUGCAACAAAUCCACUAAUCUCGCAUCUCUCUCCUUGGUCGGAGGAUUAAACAUAUACAACAUCUCCACGGAAUACGUCGCCGUCGAAGCCGUUAACUCGCCGUUUCUGUUCAACCAAUCCACCGGAGAAAACCUCGACGGAUCUCUCCUCGGCAGCUCCCUCCUCCCCAGCAAACACUACAACUUUUCCUCCUCAAAGAACAAACUCGUCGCCAUGGGCUGCGAUGUUUUCGCGUACAUUAAAGACCGUACCAGCGGCGAAAUCAUAAGCGAAUGCGCGUCUUUAUGCAGACACGACACCUCUAGUCCUCUUACGGUCCCGCUUGCUAUUUACCAAACAGGGCCACAGGCGUCUUGCUCGGGCCAUGGCUGCUGCGAGUCGCUUAACAUUUCGGGGCCGAUGACUAAUUUCAGCGCGAUGAUGCACACGAUGAACACCUUGGAUAGGUCUUGGGUGGGGAGCGGGUGCAAUUUUCUUCUCAUUGUGGAUAGGGAUUUCUCCGACUAUGGGAGAAUUAACGUCUCCGACUGUGACCGGAGUUACGAGCUGCCGCUGGUGCUGGAUUGGACGGUAUCGGAUCGGAGUUGCGGCGAUGAAGGAACGGCAACGAUCUGCGGGUUGAACAGUGAUUGUGUGAACCAUAGUGGAAGACGAGGGUAUUCUUGUCAUUGCAAGGUGGGGUACGAGGGCAACCCUUAUCUUCAAAGUGGAUGUCAAGAUAUCAACGAGUGUGAAGGGAGAAAUGGCGCAAAGCAUAAUUGCUCCAAGAAUGCUUACUGCGUUAACACUCCGGGCAGCUAUUCUUGCAACUGCCUUUCAGGCUAUCAUGACACCGCCGAUGGAUGCAUACUUGACCAACAAAGACAUACCUGGAUUCUGUACCUAUGUUUAGGUAUUGGACUCUCCAUUGGUUUUCUGGUAAUGAUAGUUCUUGGCUUUUGGCUCCACAAAGAACUAAAAAGGAGGAAACAAGCAAAAGUAAAGAAACAAUUCUUCAGGAAGAAUGGUGGGUUGCUGUUGGAGCAACAAAUAUCUUUCAACAAAGGGAGUGUAGCAGAUACCCAAGUCUUCACUAUUGAGGAACUAGAGAAAGCAACUGAUAAUUUCAAUGUCGGUCGAAUUCUGGGUAAAGGAGGACUUGGUACUGUAUACAAAGGAAUGUUGCCGGAUGGAAGCAUAGUGGCGUUAAAGAAGCCAAAUCAAUUGAAUGAGAAAGAGAUAGAUCAGUUCAUUAAUGAAAUCUUCAUCCUUUCCCAAAUCAAUCACAGAAACAUCGUCAAAGUCCUAGGUUGUUGCUUGGAGGUUCAAAUUCCAAUGGUUGUCUAUGAAUACGUACCCAAUGGUAACCUGUCGUACUACCUUCACGGUCGUCGCCAUACUGAUGAUCAGAAGAGAAGCCUGUCAUGGAUGGACCGCCAUCGAAUCGCAGCAGAGGUAGCAGGGGCACUUGCAUACCUACAUUCCUGCGCUUCGAUGGCGAUCUUUCACAGAGACAUCAAGUCGAGCAACAUCUUACUGGACGAAAAUUUCAGAGCCGUAGUGUCCGACUUCGGGCUAUCGAAGUCCGUGCCCGUGGACAAGACCCACCUAACCACAACCGUGGGAGGAACAUUCGGUUAUCUCGACCCAGAAUACUUCCGGUCAGGCCAACUGAACGACAAGAGCGACGUCUACGCCUUCGGGGUCGUCCUGGCCGAGCUCCUGACCGGCCGAAAAGUUAUCCCGACCGAGAAAAACGAUGAGUGUUUGGUGAGCCGAUUUGUGUCGCUAACCAAACAGGACAGGGCGUUUGAGAUCUUGGAUAAGCAGAUUGUGGAGGAUGGUGAAGAGGAAGAGAUAAUGGCGGUGGUUAAGAUCGCGAGGAAAUGUCUGAAAUGGAGCUCGAGAAAACGGCCGGGGAUGAAGGAAGUUGCGGCGGAGCUUGAUCGGUUGAGGAAGACGACGAUGGGAAAGGGAAAGGGUAGUGUAGUUAGUCCUGUCCGGAGCAUGGGAGAUGAGUAUUACUGCUCGUUUAGCCAUUCUUUUGAGACUUGUGCCGCCAUGGAAGAUAGCUCUGAAGAAUCAAUAUACAGUGUAGAUGCUGCUUCAAGUUUCUUGAAGUGAAAAUGUAUGUAUGUUUGUAUGUAUAUGUAUCCUCUAAUCUCUAUGCUUUAAUUUUUUGUUUUCCAGUUUUCAAUUGCUAUUUUCAACUGUUUUGUUGUUGUUGUUGUUAGUGUUAUGAUUUUUACCUGUAUUGAACUACUUUUUGUAUGUUAAUUAUAAUAUAUUUUUAGUUUCAAUAAAUUUAAUGGUUUUCGA